AUGUCUAAUCAGCAUGCUUUAAGACCGCCGGAGUCUGGAUGGAGGAGUCAUGAUACAGAGGUCGCAUUAGCUACGCCAGGUCUACAUCCCCCCGAAGAGUCUAGGGAACAGCCUGUAAAGAUGUCUGCUGUCCCUAACGAAACCGCGACUACAGCGCCUGGCUCAGUAGUAUCAGCAUCAACCGUCCACCAACAAUAUCCUCGUUGGUUCCGCCCCCAGAGGCAAGAUUCAUCGUUCUCUGACACGAACACACCAAUAUCACCACACCCUAUUCGUUCGCAACUUGCGCAUCUAUGGCGCGGUAAACAAGAAUCCCCACGUGUGUCACCGCCAGAAAACGAAGAACGUCCAGCUAAUAUCGUCGCAGAGUUACAACUGGGACUGUUCUCGGCCGCCUUGCUCAAGAUGAAAAUUGAGCGCGAUGAACAAGAUAUUCCGCGUAUUCCUGUGCUUUUACAAUACUUGCAAGUCCUAGUCACUGAUUCGGUGCACAUGCCGAGUUCCGGCCAUGUCGUGUACCGCAUUGAGCUCAGGUAUGGCUCGGGCAUGCUAGCCUGGGUCAUAUAUCGUGAGAUGCGCGACUUUUUUUCUCUUCAUGCAUACUAUCGUACACAAGAUGUUGCGGCAACACUUUCGAGGCGACUCACGCUUGACUCCGAGUCGGACAGGGUAGUUCCUAGUUUCCCGAAAGGCAGCUUCACGAGUCGGCUGACUCGACAGUGGCAACACGACAGCAAGGAACGGCAGGAAACACAAGAUCGCGCAUACAGAGCUGCACUAACGGAGUACUUGACGAAGUUGAUCAAGUUUGUCAUGUUUCGUCCGGAGGCGAACCGGCUGUGCCGGUUCUUAGAGCUCAGUGCCAUGGGUCUUCAGAUCGCAUCUCUGAGUGGACAUCUAGGAAAGCAGGGCUACCUGCAAAUCAAAUCCAAAAGUUCUUGGCGCGAUACGCAAGCCUUCAUGAAGCUUCCGCACCGCCAUCACCCAAGGUGGUUCAUUGUGCGUGAGAGUUAUAUUGUAAUUGUAAGCGACAUACAAAGCCUGAGGGUGCUCGAUGUUUUUUUGAUGGACCAGGAGUUUGAAGUGGUGAGAAAACAUACGCUUCGAAGCUCGUCGCUUAAGCAUGCUCCCGAUGAGAAAGACGAGCAGAUCGUCGGCGAGCACGAGCAGCAUUCUACGGGCACAGUCAGUGACUACGUGAAGCGGCACCGCUUCGAUAUUUCCAAUGCCGAGCGUAAGCUGAAACUUGUUGCUCGCUCGGAGCGGGAGAUGGAGCAGUUUUUGCUGAGCCUCAAGUAUGCGGCUCAUUACAAUCCUUUCGGCAAGCGGAAUCGCUUCGGCAGCUUCGCACCUAUCCGCAGGCAUGUCGUCGCCCAGUGGCUUGUUGAUGGGCGCGACUACUAUUGGAACCUGUCCGAAGCAAUCCUCCAUGCACAUGAGCGAAUCUACAUUCACGAUUGGUGGCUCUCGCCUGAGCUGUACCUGCGGCGACCCGGGACACCUGAAUGGCGUCUAGAUAAUUUGCUCUUGAAAAAGGCGCAAGAAGGUGUGCGUAUUUAUGUGAUCUUGUACAACGAGGUGUCAAAUCAGUUCACGCCCACGGAUUCCGGCUAUGCAAAAACACGCCUGAUGUCUCUGCAUCCCAACAUUGUCGUGCAGCGCUCGCCGAGCCAUUUAAAAACUGGCACGUUUUACUGGGCGCACCAUGAGAAGCUAUGCGUCAUUGACGAAAUGCUCGCAUUUAUGGGCGGCUUUGACUUGUGCUUUGGUCGCUACGAUACACCAUCACAUGCGCUCGUCGAUGAUGCCGAGAUUGAAGGGCAUUCAGGCGCAGAUCCAAACUUUCUCGGCCCUGUGCGAAACGGCGCCGAAGCACACAUAUGGCCUGGGCAGGAUUAUGCUAAUGAGCGUGUUGUAGAGUGGCAGACGCUUUCGAAGCCAGAAAUGGACUUGAUUCCACGCGACAAGGUGCCUCGUAUGCCUUGGCAUGACACAGGUGUGCAGAUCAUGGGUCAACCCGCGCGAGAUCUGUGUCGGCACUUUUGCCAGCGGUGGAACAUGCUACUUCGCACCAAAAAACACACGCGCCGCAUGGAUUUUUUGCUUCCACCGUCUGACCUGAAGCCAGAAGAUCUUGAUCACUACGGAUUGCGGGGCACCUGUGAGGUGCAAAUCUGCCGUUCUGCAGGUCCUUGGAGUCUUGGCACGCCCAAGAUGAUUGAGCAUUCGAUCCAGACCGCUUACCUGAAGGCCAUCGAGCAAAGUGAUCACUUUGUUUAUGUGGAGAACCAAUUCUUUGUAUCAUCCACGAUCAUGGACAGCACAGAAAUCGAGAAUAGCAUUGGCCUUGCACUCGUUGAGAGAAUUGUUCGAGCACACCGCGAUAAAACACCGUGGCGUGCGAUUAUCGUGAUACCCGCCACACCCGGCUUCCCAAUGGCGUACGAUCAUGCUGAAAGCGGCUCUGUGCGGCUCAUCUCAUCGCUGCAGUACCUGUCGAUUGCACGUGGCCCCCAUUCGAUCUUCGCGCGCCUACGGUCAGUUGGCAUCGAUCCCCAUGCGUACAUUGGCUUCUUUUCUUUGCGUGCUUGGGGCCGCAUGCGACAUGGCCAGCUCACAACCGAGCAAGUAUAUUUGCAUGACAAAGUACUUAUCGCGGACGAUCGACUUGCCAUUAUUGGGAGUGCCAAUAUCAAUGAACGCAGUCAGCGGGGCGACCGUGACUCCGAACUUGCUUGCAUUGUACGUGACGAAGACAUGAUCCCUUCAAGUAUGGCUGGCCGACCGUACAAGGUCGGUCGCUUUCCUCAUACACUUCGUGUCCGUCUGAUGCGAGAACAUGUGGGACUUGAUGUCGACCAGAUUGAGGUUGGUGUGCUUGAACACUUGUCUGCUACGUCGCCUGUGUUGCAACACACCACCAGCUCAGAAAUGGUUGAUGAAACGACUGUUUCGGCGACAAAGGCUACCCGAAUCAUGUCCACGGUCGACCCAAGCACAGCAGAUCUGCAUGGAUCUACGAAGCCUUCUUUCUUUCCAAACAGCUUGCUGGAUCCGCUCGCCUGCUACGACUCUGUGUGGAAAAUGGUUGCUGCUCAUAAUACAAGCAUUUUCCGCGAUGUGUUUCAUUGCGUGCCUGACGAUGAGAUCAAGACUUGGGCUGCUUACAAGACAGCAAUACAACAUUAUGAGCAUGUGACAAGUUCAGGACCUGGGGGACUUACAUCAGAAGAGGCAGCUGCAUUGAUUGAUCGCCUGACGAUGUGUUGUGGUACCCUCAUUGAGCAUCCGACAGAGUUUUUGGAGCGCGAAGCAGCUGCAGGUAAUUACUUAUUUCCGAUGGAUCAUAUUAAUCCCGUCAUUGUCUUUGACUAA